AUGUCAAACCCCGAUUCGGUACCCGAAUUGGCUAAGCCUAAUCCGAAAUCCGACCCGGAACACCAAAAACCCUUCAACACCAACGAAAUCGACGAAGAAGAAGAUGGCGGCGAUGACGAAAACGACGUCGAAGAUGAUGACGAGGACGAAAAUGACGGCGUAUUCGGAGGACCGAACCGGCCUAAACCUCAAUCGCGAGAGGCUCGGUUGCGUUCGGAGAAACACAAAAUGGACUCGCUGAUGCAGCGAAUGAAAACCGGUCCGGUUUCGGUCCGCGUCCACGACGUCAUCAUCAAAGGGAACACGAAAACGAAGAACCAUAUAAUUGAAGCCGAGACGGAGGUGUUGAACAACGUCGGCUCGAUGCAAGAGCUGUUGAAAGCGUCGCAAAUUGUGAAUUUGCGGCUGCAAUCGCUUGAAAUUUUUGAUUCCGUGAAAAUUACGCUCGAUUCCGGUCCGCCUGAACUUCCUGGAACUGCUAAUGUGAUUAUCGAGGUUGUUGAGACUGCCGGCCCGCUUUCGGGAGAGAUUGGAGCUUAUACGAAAGCGGAGGCUAGAUCUUCCACAGUGGAAGGAUCUGUCAAGUACAAAAAUUUGUUUGGUUAUGGGGAUCUUUGGGAUGGUUCAUUGGCAUAUGGAAUCGGUCACUCAGCUGAGUUAAGCGCUGGCGUGUAUUUGCCACGCUUUAAAGGACUGGUAACUCCUGUCACAGCACGAGCAUACUUACUAUCCCAAGAUUGGCUUAAGUUUUCUUCAUACAAAGAGCGAUCAAUGGGCCUGUCUCUUGGAUUAUUUUCAAGUCAACAUCAUGAUGUGGCAUAUAAUCUUGCAUGGCGUACCUUAACUGAUCCAUCACAAAUGUCAUCGAGGUCCGUAAGGAGGCAGCUUGGCCAUAUUUUACUUUCUUCUAUGAAGUAUACCUUCAAAUUUGACAGGAGAAAUUCCUCAAUGCGGCCAACUCGGGGUUAUGCUUUUGUUUCUACUACUCAACUUGGUGGGCUUGUACCUGAUAGUCGGAGCUUACGAUUUCUUCGGCAGGAAUUUGAUCUUCGUUACGUUGUUCCUAUCGGAUUUUAUCAUGCUGCUCUUAAUUUUGGGGUUUCUGGUGGUGUUGUCUUUCCAUGGGGGGACGGGUUCUUGAGUAAACCGUCAUCUCUGCCAGAAAGAUUCUUCUUAGGUGGCAACAUAUCUCCAGUUUGUGCUUUAGGAGGGCCAACAGCAUUAUGGGGAUUUAAGACAAGGGGAUUGGGUCCAACAGAGCCUAAAAGGCAGGUUAACGAUGGAAAUGUCGGUCCUUCUGGCGUGGAUUUUCUUGGAGGAGACCUUGCUGUCACUGCUUUGGCAGACCUUUCUUUUGAUCUACCAUUUAGGUGGUUUAGAGAAAAGGGAAUCCAUGCUCAUGUGUUUGCAUGUGCUGGUAAUGUUGCCAAGUUAACCGAGAACGAGUAUCGCAAUUUCUCUGUUCAGAAGUUUGUAGGGUCACUUCGAAGUUCAGUAGGAGUUGGACUUGUUGUCCCUACGAGUUUAUUCCGAAUGGAGCUUAACUACUGCUGUAUACUGAAGAAGUUCGAACACGAUCAAGCAAGAACCGGUGCCUGGCUUACUUUUUCUCCUGCAUCCUAGAAUUUCAGACCUUAUAUCGUGUCCGACAUGAACGAAAACCGGUGUUUGGCUUACUUCCUCUUGCACAAGACAGUUUCGGAGGUGUCCGGCGGAAUUUUGGAAUCAGUUCGAUGCUGAAUUGACAUUUUCUGUGUUGUUACUUGCUUUUCACCUGGAAAAAUAGGUCAACGUCAUCACAAAUUGUAUUUCAUAUUCCAGUUGCAACAAUCUUGGCGGAAGCAACUUUUAAAGCCACUUUUCCUUGUAACCCUUGCAGAUA